GUCUCUUAAAGGGCUUGUCCAGCCUGUACGCAGGACUUUAUUGUGUGAGAGUAGAGGGUACUGACUAGCCUUCACCUUUAACUAGCACGCAGUGAGAGACUUAACUUCCCCUUUGUCAAUUUGAUUCACUCUUCAGACAACAGAAGCUGCCCCUCCCCCCAGGCAGACCAGUCCUCCUCCAGUCUCUCACUGUCACCAGUCUGCUGCAGCUCCUCUCAGAUCAGCUGUGAAACAGUCACCCCACCUUCUGGCACCCAGGCUCUGCCCUCUGGUACAAAAUAAGGCCCCUGGAACCCUGAGAGAGCGAGAGAGAGAAAUGACAGAGAGCGAAGAGAGGGAGCGAACGGAUUACCCCCCUUCACCACGUCACAUCCAUCCUACCAGAGAAGGGGGCCGGGCUUGAGAAUAGCAGAGCGAGAGAACAAGAUCCAGCGAGAGAACAGACGUGUGCACACUGAGCGAGAGAGAGGCAGCCCCAGUGAGAGAAGUGUCUGUAAUCCCCCCCACACCUUCAGUGAUAAUGUGUCAGAGCAGGAACCUGCAGCGGGCAGCAGCGCGGAGCUCAGGGAAAUGGUGAGAUGCUGCAAGUCUUUGCACAGCCCUCCGUCUUGCUACAAUCUCCACAGAGUUAGGGUUGAUGUGCGCCGGCUCCGGCCGAUCAGCUCCUCUGGGGAGCAGGGGGGAGUCAGCGGUGGCAACAGCUCAGGCCAGGGCAACCAGGGGGCCCAAGCACUCAGCCACAGGAACCGAUUCAGGUUGCAGUUCCUUCAGUUGGCCUUGCGGCGUCGUCUUGGCCAGUUGAGCUGCAUGUCCCGGCCCGCCUUGCGGCUGCGCUCAUGGCCGCUCAGCUUCCUCUACUACUUCCUGACCUUCGGUGCACUCAAGCCCCUGGCAAAGGUUGGCUGGAGACCAACAAGCAGGGUUGCUCUGUACAAGACCAUCCCGACACGGCUGCUGUCUCGGGCCUGGGGUCGGCUGAACCAGGUGGAGCUGCCGACCUGGCUGAGGAAGCCAGUCUACAGUCUGUAUAUCUGGACGUUUGGUGUCAACAUGCAGGAGGCUGCUGUGGAAGACCUAAUUCAAUACAGGAACCUGGGAGAAUUCUUUAGACGGAAACUCAAACCAGCUAUCCGGCCCGUGUGUGACUCACACUGCGUGAUCAGCCCAGCAGAUGGGAAGAUCCUGCACUUUGGGCGGGUGCGGAACUGUGAGGUGGAGCAAGUCAAAGGAGUCACAUACUCUUUGGAGACCUUCCUGGGACCACACACCUGGGCUGAGGCCAUCAACAGUACCAUCAAGCCAUCAAAUGAAGAGGACCCCAGCUCGUUUCAGGACCUGCUGGUGACUAAAGAGGGGAAUGAGCUGUUCCACUGUGUGGUGUACCUGGCUCCAGGAGAUUACCACUGCUUCCACUCCCCCACAGACUGGAGGGUGGCCCACAGAAGACACUUCCCUGGCUCUCUGAUGUCAGUGAACCCUGGCGUGGCCCGCUGGAUCAAAGAACUGUUCUGCCAUAACGAGAGGGUGGUGUUGAGCGGAGAGUGGACGCACGGCUUCUUCUCCCUCACCGCUGUAGGGGCCACCAACGUGGGCUCCAUACGUAUCUACUUUGACAAGGAGCUGCGCACUAACAGCCCACGUUACAGCAAAGGCUCGUACAACGACUUCAGCUACUUGUCCAACAACAACCAGGAGGGAGUGAGCAUGAGGAAAGGGGAGCACCUGGGAGAGUUCAACCUGGGCUCCACUAUAGUCCUUCUCUUCGAGGCUCCGCACGACUUCAGCUUCAACCUGAAGGCCGGCCAGAAGAUCCGCUACGGAGAACCCCUGGGGACUGUGAGCCGAGAUGGCCAACCAGAGACACACUUUCUGGGGGAAAACGGACUAAAAUAAACUGAUGGGGACACUAACGUGUGUACAGAUUUGAGCGGAGGUGCACAGGCUGACUUAGACACACACUCAUUCACACACUAAUGGACUUACAGAAAAAAGUCAGUCACCACUGUUGCAUUACUACCAAGGGGGUCUCCCCGUUUUCAUCGACUAGAGUUUCUAUUAACAAUUGACUUAUUUUGUCAGUUGGACAGUUGAUUACGACUAGUGUACAUACCUGACCAGCAAAAUAAAGAGUUUAUAGCAAUUAGUUACAUUUACUUUCCAUAAGAAUAACGACAUAGCUUUAAAAAAAAAAAAAAAAUGUUACUAAAUUGUGCCCAUAUUGCCUUUUGUCAGGGGUAUCCUCUUCAACUAGGAGUUCCUCCUGAGAUUUCAGACACAAGCAGCAAGACACCAGCCUGAUUACAGAUCUGGCUAGUGCUGUGUAGCCCAGCUCAUAUGGCCUUUGGCAAUACAUCACAAACAGAUCUGGGACCAGGCUAGCAAGACACAUCUCCACACAUACAGAUAACCCCUGUCACACACAGCCUCUAUCAUGUGGACAGGCUUCCCUAUACAAUGUACAGUAUACACACACCUACAGUACACAUACCACGAAGAAGGAAUGUACCAGAAGCCACACGUCUACCCUCUUCCUUCUCUAAUUUCCCUUCAUUCUGAUACUGAAUGCCUUUCUGUUCUCCUUUGGUCUCUCCCUAUUCUGCCACCCCCAGAAAAGGUGCUUGUGUUGGGGGUGAUUAUGUGGACUCUUCCCUCCCUGUCAUGGAGGUACAGACUGGCACCACUCCUCCCAGUCAGACAAGUCUGGGUCUUAUUCAUUAGGCACCUGCCAGAAGAAAACAGGCUGAAUACCUUAACUUUCCGUUGUAAAAUGUUUUGCCUCAGUCUGCCCUAAUAAAUACAACCCUGUUGUAGUAAGCC